AUUUAGUAUGAAUGUAAUAAAAGGGGUAAGUACGUAACAAAAGAGGUUAGUUAUCAUUUUCGAGAAACACAAUCAGAAAAUGAGGACUCUGAUAAUAGUGUGUUUAUUUUCCCUUGUGGCCGCCGCGCUGGGCGUUCCUAAGGAAUACUACACGGACAAGUAUGACAACAUUGACCUGGAUGAGAUCCUGUCGAACCGGCGGCUUUUAAUCCCCUAUGUUAAGUGUGCUCUAGACCUAGGCAAGUGUUCGGCGGAUGGCAGAGAAAUGAAAAGUCAUAUUGUAGAUGCUAUGGAGACAGAAUGUGCAAAAUGUACGAAAAAACAAAAAAGAAACACAAGGCGUGUACUCAAACAUAUUAUUAUAAACGAAAAGGACUACUGGGAACAACUGAAAGCUAAGUACGACCCUAUAGCGAAGUACUGGCCGAAGUAUGAAGAAGCUGUUAAUAAAGACGAUAAAGAAUUCUUCGAUGAAUAAAAAAAUAUACCUAAUCAUAAGGCCACAGUGACACUAAACUGACUGUAACAUCUUUAUAACUUUUGUUUCCGCAAUAAAGAGUAUUUUUACGAGUAUA